AGACUCGGCCCUCGGUGACAUCCAGGCGGCGCCACGGCCUGGCCAGCCUCCUGGGCCCUUGCAGAGUCGCGAGGCCGCGCCGCUCGGAGAGAGACCCCGGCUACCUUGAUCUGCGCGCAAUCGGGACGGCGGAAGACAUGAGCGCGGGCAUGGGCGGCUUCUGGCCGGAGCCGUGGCUGCCGCGGUCGCUCGGCUCCCCGGGCCUGGCCCUCGCCGCGGCCCUGCUGCUGCUGGUCUUGUGCCUGAGCGCGCAGCGCACCAGGAGACGUGGUGAGCCUCCAUUGAUAAAAGGCUGGCUUCCUUACUUUGGACAAGCCCUGAAAUUACAAAAAGAUCCUCUGGGUUUUAUGACUUCUAUUCAAAAGCAGUAUGGUGACAUUUUCACUCUUCUCCUUGGAGGAAAGUACAUAACAUUUAUCCUGGAUCCUUUCCACUACACAUCAGUAGCAAAAAAUCAAAAAUUAAGCUUUCAAAUAUUUACCGGUAAAUUCUUAAAGAGAGUAUUUUCUAUCAAAAAGAUGACAACAGAUUCUGACCUCAUCAACGAGAUUCAUAGUACCUAUCGAUUUUUACAAGGGAAGCAUUUGGACAUACUGAUGGAAAGCACAAUGCAGAAUCUAAAGCAAGUUUUUGAACCCCACCUUUUAAAAACCACAAGUUGGAGCACAGAACGUUUGUUGUCAUUCUGCAACUCAGUAAUAUUUGAAAUGACAUUUACAACCAUAUAUGGAAAUAUUCUUGCUAAUGAUAAGAAAACAUUUAUUACUGAGUUAAAAGAUGAUUUUUUAAAAUUUGAUGAAAAAUUCACACGUUUAGCUUCAGGCAUACCCAUUGAGCUUCUAGGAAACAUCAAGUCUGUUCGAACUAAACUUAUAAAAGACUUGACAAUAGAAAGCUUAGCUAAGUUACAAGGACUGUCUGAAGUUGUUCAAAGAAGGAAUGAUAUCCUGGAGAAAUACUAUACGCCCAAGGACCCUGAAAUAGGAGCACAUCAUUUAGGCUUGCUCUGGGCCUCUGUGACAAACACUGUUCCAACCAUGUUCUGGGCAAUGUAUUACCUUCUACGGCACCCAAAAGCUAUGGCCGCGCUGCGUGAUGAAAUUGACCAUUUGCUGCAGUCAACAGGUCAAAAGAAAGGGCCCGGAUUUUCCAUCCACCUCACCAGAGAACAAUUGGACAGCCUGGUCUACCUUGAAAGUACCGUUCUCGAGGUUUUGCGACUCUGCUCCUUUUCUGGCAUCUUUCGUUUCGUUCAAGAGGACUUGACACUUCAUUUAGAGAGCCAGGACUGCUGUCUGCGAAAGGGAGACUUUGUUGUCAUCUUUCCUCCCAUCUUACACCACGACCCUGAAAUCUUUGAAGCUCCAGAUGAGUUUAGGUUUGAUCGUUUUACAGAAAAUGGUAAGAAGAAAACUGCCUUUUUUAAAAGAGGGAAAAAGCUGAAGUAUUACCACUUGCCAUUUGGAUUGGGAGUCAGCAAAUGUCCAGGCCGAUUUUUGGCAAUGGUUGAAAUAAAGCAAUUGUUGGUUGUGCUUUUAACUUACUUUGAUUUAGAAAUAAUUGAUAAUAAGCCCUUAGAACUAAACUAUAGCCGCUUUUUGUUUGGUAUUCCUUACCCAGACUCUGAUGUUUCAUUUAGGUACAAAAUAAAAUCUUAAGCUAAAAGGAAAGGAAAGAAAUCUAUCUAGAAAACUAACCUAAAUGUCCUCAGUUCAUCUAUUUGUUUUUAAUUUCUUCAAGUGUAAUUGCUUUGUUUAUUUUAAAAAUGCCAAUUUCUAUUUGAUCUGAGAUCAGUCCCAUCUGUACUUGAUCACAAAACUGAUCAUAAAAAAAAAAGAUGGUAGCAUGAAAAUGGACAUCAAAAUCAACAUAAUGAUAAAUUUAAAGUAAUUUUUUAAGUUUCUACAUAUUGUGAUUUGCAAAUGUCAUUGUAAGUGCGCCUUCACAGUAAUAGAUCUGACACUGUGGGAUUUUGUUAAGUCACAAAUUCUUCUAUAAUAUGUAAAAAUAUACUUUAUGUAAUAAUGGAAAUUUAUGCUGUAAAUGAACACAGUCUAACAAAUUCCAAGUUCUCAGAGAAGAAGGAAAUUAAAUUUCCAUGAGAUACACUAGAUGAAAAUGUUCCCUUCAAGUAUAAUAUCAAUAAUAUCUAUAUUGCUGGGGUACGUUUGCAUUAAAUGAGGUUUGCGGUAGAUUAAAUGCUUCAACUUCACUUCAAUAUUUAAUCACCCAUAAACGUACUUUAUUACUUUGUAUACUGUGGCUCAGUAGAACAAAAUUUCUUGUUAUAUAAGGCUACUCAUGUUCAAGUUAGAUACUGAUAAGAUUUAUCAGUAUAAGAACACACAAAACCUAUUAUAUAUACAGCAAUUGCCCUAGACAUUAAUAUUAGGUUUAUUGUAGGAGUAAAUGUUGAGAUCAUUACAGGAUUGAUUAUAGCGUUUGACUCCAGUGUAAACUGUAAGGGUUAUGCCGUUUUGUAAUUAACUUUCCCAAAUGCUUCGAUUUAUGUUAGCUGAGAAACUAGAUAGCAGUAUUUGUUCUUGACGCCUCACCUCUUGGACUGGGAUUUGAUUUGUAGUGUUUGAAUUACAGCAUUAUGUAAUGCAGUAUAAUUCCAUAUGCCAAAAUGUAGCAUCAGCUGGAUGGUUCAAAGAUUGCUAAUAUCAGAUUGCCAAAUGAUGGUCUGUCAUUCAACUUAGGCAGGUAAAUAAGCCCAGUUAUUUCAUGGGAACUUCUAGUUAUAACUUUUAGUUAUUUCAUUGAAACUUCUAGUAUUUCAGAAAUGUGCUUUCGUUUUUGAAAAGGAAAUUUAUCUUUAAAAUAACAUUAUAAAAUACUGAAUCGUAUUUAGUAGCUAAAUAGCUUUUCUAGCAUCUAUUUUUCUCCUUCCUGAAGUUCAUGCACUAAACGCUCCUUAGUGAAGGUCUGUCAGUCAACUUUGUUUUUGCCAGUUUGACGAUGCUUUCCUUUUUGUCCUCGUUCCUGCGUUUGCCUUGUUUCCUGUUUUGAUAUCUCAUGUUGUUAAGAGGUGAACCUUCAUUCGGUUUAAUUGUUCAGUAGGCAGUCUGCCUGUUUUCUCUGACAGCUUUAACAUGCUCUCUUUGUCUUUGAUGUUCUUAGUUUCUGUUUAUUGUGCUUGCAUGCCAUGAUGUCUUUCAUCAAGCGUAGAAUGUUCACAGUCAUCCUCUCUUUGAAUAUUUCCUCUUUCAGCUCUGUGUCUUGUUUAUAGUCCAUGUUGUUUGACCGUUUCUCCUUGUAUUUUUUUUAUCUCUAAUUUAUAUUCUAGGCCAUUUCUUUGGAUCUUUGUAUCGCUUUCAGUUUAUUCUGCUCUUUAACUCAUCCAUUGGGUUUGUUUCUUCUGCCUUUUUAUUUUAACCUCAGGUUCAUAGGAUUGAGUGAUCACAUGCCUUAUACCCCUUAGUUCACGGUACACAAUUAUAAUUGGCCCAAACAAGGCUUUAUUUACUCAUUCUAUUCUAUCCCUAAUCCCUACCAUUAUACCCUUCCCCAUCAUCAGGAAAUAUUCUAAUGUGUUUGUUUAUUUGUAGGUGUUUUUAUAAAACAUAUGUUAUUAUCUUGGGUGCAUGUGUUUUUUAAUUUUUAUAAAUGUCUAUUCUAUACAUCAUAUUCUUCUUAAUUUUUUACUAAGCACUAUACUUUAAAGGUAUAUCCAUAUUACUUUAUAUGUAUUUGAUCUAUUGCUUCUAACUACUGUAUAGUAUCUCAGAAUGUGUACCCACGAUGUUUCAAUGCUCUAUUCACCCAGUGAUGGAAACCAUGUUGGUGGGACAGUUAAUUUGGGGGAAAGGCCAAAGCAGAACCUAAAACUCUUGCCCGCACCCAUCCUCUCACUACUGCAUGCCCCACCCUCCGCUCUGGGCUGCCACAAGCCCUGUUGUCAGCACCACCCGCCCACACCUGCACACACAGACACACAGUCCAUGACAGCCUUCAUUCUCUGAGAUGCUCUAGACUUGUGUUUCAUGCUCAGGUCCUUACCACCCUCUCCCUUCUAUGGGGUCUCCAGAGCUGAUCUGAGCCAGGGUGCCAGCCGUCAAUUUGUCAGCUUUCGGAAUUUCAAUUCCCCUUCAUCUCAUAAAUUUAGUGGUUACAUUUUCAAUUUGAGAAUGUAACCUUUUGUUCCUCCUAUCUGCCCGGUCAUUUUUGACAGUAUUUUGUUCCUUCAUCAUAUACUCAGUAUCUUCUUUCAUUUUAAAACUAUAUUAAGAAACUUAUAUUCAUAUCUGGUAUUUCCACAUCAUCAGUGUUUUAUGGGUCUGAUCCUGUAGUUUGUUUUUCUUUUAGCUCUUCCUCAGAAUUGCUUGUUUACUGGACUUGUUCUUUGGAAUUUUAUGUCUGGAAUUUUUUUUAAGACCCGAAUUUAAAGUUCACACCUCCAGAGAAAAUUUGUGUUUGCUUUCACCUAGCUGCUGUGAAAUUAAUCUCUCAAAUUCAGAUCAAUUUAAAAUUUCACCUUGAGUAUUUUGAGAGGGGAUGGGAAACUACAUGGGCUUCCCCAGUGGCUCAGGGGUAACAAAUCCACCUCCAAUACAGGAGAUGCGGGUUCAGUCCCUGGGUGGAGAAGAGAAUGGCAACCUACUCCAGUAUUCUUACCUGCAGAAUCCCAUGGACAGAGGAGACUAGCGUGUUACAGUCCAUCGGGUCGCAAACAGUCGGAGACGACUGAAGUGACUGAGCACGCACACGUGGGAAACUGCAUAGAUAGGGUGGGUUCUCGCCCUAAGUCACGGAGAAGGCAACGGCACCCCGCUCCAGUACUCUUGCCUGAAGAAUCCCAGGGAAGGGGGAGCCUGGUGGGCUGCAGUCCAUGGGGUCGCUAAGAGUCGGACACGACUGAGCGACUUCACUUUCACUUUUCACCUUCACGCAUUGGAGAAGGAAAUGGCAACCCACUCCAGUGUUCUUGCCUGGAGAAUCCCAGGGAGGGGGAGCCUGGUGGGCGGCCGUCUAUGCGGUCGCAGAGUCAGACACGACUGAGCGACUUAGCAGCAGCAGCAGCAGCAGCCCUAAGUCAGCCAGAUUGCAACCCUAUGAGUAGAGAUAAGCAAGAAUACCCAGUCCUCUGGGAGUGAGGUUACUUCCUAGUCACUUACUGAAGAUGUUGCCUCUGCAAGUUCUUGCCUUUGUGCACAGGUCUUGGAUUAAACAAACACACACAUGCACGCACACAUGCCCCACCCCCUCGGGCUGCAACCUUUAUCCUGUCCUGUCACAAAGGAGAGCCCAUUCCUUUUGUACUAGGACAUCUAUUCCACCAUAUUGCCUGAUGUGGAGACCUCCAGAUUGUAAAAUUCAUCUUAGUAGCACACUUCUGUGCUGCCAUAGCAGGGAGAGCACAGAAAAGCAUUCCAUUCUAAUUUCUGCUUAAUUUAUAGGGAAAGGAGUUUAGAGUGGAAAUAUUAUAUAAAAGCAAUGGAUGGAGUAUUGUGACAGGCUUAAAUCUGGUCAUUAAAGAUUGUCUAUGAAUAGAACAAAUGUCAUAGAGAAUAAGUUAAAAGACAUGAAAUUUAGCUAUGACAUAAUUGAUUUACUAUUAUCAACAAGUCACUUUGCCUCUCAGUGUUUCAGUUUCCAUAUUUGCAAAAUAAAAAUAAUAAGGCCUUUGGAUGCCAGGGUUCGUUAUGAGGAUUGAACACAGUAAGAUGUGUGAACUUAUUUUGAAAAGUGUAAUGCAAUAUCCAAAUGUAAAGUUGUAAGGAGAUACUUUGACAAUGCUGAGCCUUUUAAAUUAAAAACUGUUUGUAUAUAUUUGUUUAAGGGAAGCAUUUUUUGUUAUUGGUUAAAUGAUUAUUCAUUUAUUCAGUCAAACAUUUAUUGAGCAUUUCCUCUUAGAUUGAUACUAUUCACUGGAUUACCCUUCUUCAAGAACACACAGUUUAUUAGAGAAAGCAAUAUAUACCCAACUAAUUGAUUAUAAAUGUAGUUGUCAUAAAUUUGUCUUCCUAAAACUGUUUUAAAAUUCUGAUUCAACACUAGUUCUAACUGACCUCCCAUCACUCAUUCCAAAUUAGUGUUCUGCAAUGAGAAAUUACUAUGUGCCUAAUUAGAUACAACAAAACAUAUACAUCCAGUAUUGAGAUUAUAUGUUAAAGAUGUCCAAAACAAAAUACAGUCACUGAGGCAUCAGAAUUUCUUUAAAAACUGUAUUUUACGUAUAGUAAAAACCCACCCUUUUCAUUUUUAUAGCCCUUCCUCUAAAUGUCAAAUUAAAGAAAAUGAAUGACUGGCAGUAUUAUUUUAUAUCAGUGACCAACUGAGGCACUCAUUUAGCAAAAACUAAACGCUCUGAAGAUAUUCAGGAAAAAGCUAUUUGUCACUAAGUAAACAGUGUUGGUAAGCAGCCUAUUUGGGAACUUUUAUCUGCCUUGUUUGGCCUUCCUGACACACUUCAUUAUAAUUUGUCCAUUUUAUCAUUAAGUUUGGGUCACAAAUCUAAGGCAAAGGAGCUUCGAUGCUCAAAAUUUGCAUGAUUACCUCAGUUUAUUUUCUUAUGAAAAAUAAUUUGAGUAGCCUUUCUAUAAGCUAAUCCUUCUAAUUGAACCAUGGAAUCUUAAAACAAUUUCAAAGAUCAAAGCACAAAAAUUAUCCAGGUUUUGAUCUUAGUAUAAAAUAACAUCAGUAAUUUUAAAACAAGAAUUAUAUGCCCUGAGAAUGUACACUGAUUUAACCUAUUAAAUUUGCCAGUAUUGCAAGCCAUUAUUUACCGAGUUGCAUUAUUAGGUAUUCAUAUUCACAUACUCAAUUAGGAAAAAGUUAGCAAGCCAAGAUUAAGUUCCCUGUAGCAUUAUUUUAAAUUACAGUGGGUGAUCACAUAAAACUCUCUAAUGUUUCUAUUACUUACUCUAUUUCAGAGUGUUAAUCUGAGUCAGUGAUCAUUGGUGUUGGAAAUAUUUGGUUUAAAUGUUUACUUUGUUUAUAAUAUUUUCUUGAGUAAGAUUAAUUUGUGAAAAUCUCUACUGAACAAUUUUUAAAAGGAGUAAUUUGACAACACUUAACAUUUUAAAGUAUUUUUUAAGCAGAAGAGUCUCUAUAUUGUAAAAAGAAAUCCUAAAUAUUUAAUAUUCUUGAUGUUAAAAUGGUGUAUAGGUGGAUUUAUGAGGAAGCAAAUUAUCUUGAAAAGAUAUUAGGUAAGAAAUGCAAAUGCUUUGUAAGUCAAUUUAAUGUGUGUUUUUUUUAAUAUGCAAUGAGCCAAUAAACUAACUUUUAAAGCA